AUGGCUUGGAUACUGAGGUUCAUCGCAGCCUGCCUUGACCAGCCAACCCCUCAAGGACACCAGAAGAUGGAGAAACUUGUCGCCUCUGAAAGGUAUUGGCUGUCCAUUAUUCAAAAGCAACGAUUCGGCCGUGUAAUAGCAGCCCUCCAGACUGAGCGAGAUCUACCCAAGGCGUCGACAAUUCGGUAUUUGCACCCCUUUCUUGCACAAGAGGAUGGAUUUCUGAGAAUUGAAACAAGGCUUCGGAAUGUCGUGUGCCACGGGGGCAUCAAACACCCGAUUCUGCUUCCCGAUCACCACAUCGCCACUGAACUCAUUGACACCGGCUUACACCAGAGGCUUCUGCAUGCAGGAGUCGCAACAACCAUCGCGGAACUCCGAGAGCGCUUCUGGGUGACGAAGGCGAAGCAGUGUGUGAAAAGAGGGACCAGGUACACCACCCGAUCCCUCUUUUCACACACUGUCUUUUCACAAGGGUGA